AUGCGGCGGAAGAGGGCGAGGGUUUCCGCCCACUGCCCUGCCCUGCACCGGCGGCGGAGGAGGGCGUUCCAUUGGACCGCGAGACAGAGCUUGGUGGCGGACGCCGGCAGCUCCACAGCGGCGGCGGUUCUCCGGCGGCGCUCCGUCUCAUGCAGGAGACGAGGACCAAGACGAGAACGAUACAACCCUCCAAACCCUUCAUAUACAUACAUAUAUAUAUAUAUAUAUAUACGGAUAAGUAAACAUACACAAAAAAAUAGGUUUUUGUGA